AUGGGCAAGUACACGGUCCGUGUAGCCACGGGGGAUUUGUUCCUGGCAGGCUCUCCCAACCAGGUGCAGCUGUGGCUGGUGGGUGAGCACGGGGAGGCAGACCUAGGGAAGCACCUGCGACCCGUGUGGGGAAAGGUCGUGGGGGAAGCUGACGCCCCACAGUACCAGCUGCUCCUCACCUCCACCUCUCCCCGGGUGGAGGAGUUUGAGAUCGACGUCCCCCUGCACCUGGGGCGCCUCCUGAUGGUGAAGCUGCGCAAGCACAACGGGCUGUUGAGUGUCGACUGGUUCUGCAAGUGGAUCUCAGUGCAGGGCCCGGGAACCCAAGGCGAGGUUUUUUUCCCCUGCUACCGCUGGGUGCAGGGCCACAGGAUUAUCUGCCUGCCCAAGGGCACUGCCCGGACCCUAAGUGAUGACCCCCAGAACCUGUUUAAGAAGUACCGGGAACAGGAGCUCGAGGAAAGAAAGAAGGUGUACCGGUGGGGCUCCUGGAAAGAUGGGUUAAUCCUGCCUAUAGCAGGGAAUAGGCAACCGGACCUUCCCAGGGACGAGCGAUUCCUCGAGGAUAAGGAUUUAGACUUUAGUGUCUCCCUAGCAAAAGCGUUGAAGGACAUGGCCAUUAAGGGGACACUGGAUUUCAUAAAUUGUGUGAAAAGGCUGGAAGAUUUCAAAAAAAUAUUCCCACGUGGAAAGACUGCCCUGGCUGAGCGGGUUCAUGAUUCUUGGAAGAAGGAUGCCCUCUUUGGGUACCAGUUUCUCAAUGGUGCAAACCCCAUGCUCCUGAGGCGUUCUUCAAGGCUCCCCGCCCGCCUGGUGCUGCCUCCAGGGAUGGAAGACUUGAAGACCCAGCUGGAGAAAGAACUCCAGGGCUCCAGAAAACGACUCCAACUCUAUUUUCUAUUCCUGCCUCUGGCCCUGCAGGCUGGAUCUCUGUUUGAAGUGGAUUUCUCCUUGCUGGACGGAGUCAAGCCUAAUGUCAUCAUUUUUAAGCCGCAAUAUGUGGCCGCCCCUUUGGUCAUGCUGAAGCUGCAGCCUGAUGGAAGACUCUUGCCCAUGGUCAUCCAGCUCCAGCCACCUCGAUACGGAUGUCCCCCACCUCCGCUCUUUCUGCCCUCGGAUCCCCCCAUGGCCUGGCUCCUGGCCAAGACCUGGGUCCGGAGCUCUGAUUUCCAGCUGCACCAGUUACAGUCACAUCUGCUGAAGGGACACUUGAUUGCUGAGGUUAUUGCUGUGGCUACAAUGAGAAGCUUGCCUAGCCUCCAUCCUAUUUACAAGCUCCUGAUCCCCCACUUCCGCUACACCAUGGCGAUCAACACCCUGGCCCGUAGUCGUCUUGUCUCUGAAGGGGGAAUUUUUGACCUGGUGGUGAGCACUGGUAGUGGGGGCCACGUGGACAUUCUUCAGAGAGCCACAGCUUGUUUGACCUAUCGUUCCCUCUGUCCUCCUGAUGACCUGGCUGACCGUGGACUCCUGGGUGUGAAAUCUUCUCUUUAUGGCCAAGAUGCCAUCAGGCUGUGGGGAAUCAUCAGCCGGUACGUGGAGGGGAUGGUUGGGCUUUUCUACAAGAGCGACCAAGCCGUGAAGGAUGAUCUAGAGCUCCAGGCCUGGUGCAGAGAGAUGACUGAGACUGGACUGCAGAUGGCCCAAGACCGGGGGUUCCCCAUCUCAGAGUCCCGGGCUCAGCGCUGCCACUUUGUCACCAUGUGCAUCUUCACAUGCACGGGUCAGCAUGCUUCUAACCACCUGGGUCAGCUGGACUGGUACUCCUGGAUCCCUAAUGGCCCAUGCACCAUGCGGAAGCCCCCACCCAUCUCCAAUGAUGUGACAGAGAAGGACAUAGUGGACUCACUGCCCAAUCUCCACCAGGCACAUAUGCAAAAGACCGUCACAGACUUCCUUGGCAGACGUCAGCCUGUCAUGGUGGCCCUGGGGCAGCAUGAGGAGAAAUAUUUCUCUGGCCCUGAGCCCCAAGCUGUGCUGAGACAAUUCCGGGAGGAGCUGGCUGCCAUGGACAAGGAGAUUGAGGUCCGGAAUGCAGUCCUGGACCUGCCCUAUGAGUACCUUCGACCCAGCAUGGUAGAGAACAGCGUGACCAUCUGAGAGGGCUUGCCCGCCUCCGCUCCAAAGCUCCACCAUCCCUGAGUACCUUUUAGUAUUCCGUCCUCCUCACAUCCUCUGGUGAACAAAUUGUCCCCAAAGCUUUGUGGUCAGGGUACCCAGAGCUGCCCACCACACAACUAUGGGGAAUACACGGUGAUAGUCCCCACUGCAUUUGGAAGCGGCAUCCCCCAAAGCUGCCCUACCUUAAAUGUCCAUCCAGUCCUGCACUUCCUCACCCCUGAUCCCUGGCACACCUCCUCAUUGCCAAAGGACCUGGCUUAGAUACAAGUAAAAACAUACGAUUAAAUAACAAAAC